CUGAAGAAGGCCAAGACGUCACCGGGCCCUUUGAGCAUGGCGAGGGGGCUUCUGAGUUUCCCGUCAAGGGCGACUUGUGAUUUAGAGUUGUGCAGAUCGCACACGACUCUGGGACUCUUGAGGAUAAAAUUAUGAUGCAGGAUAAGUGGGUUUGGGGUGCUGGGUUUGAUUCCAUAUGGAACAACUUCCCCGAUCGCCUCGAUCCCCUGCAUCUUCCAUAAGCUGCUUGACCAUUACGAUCCCCUUUUCAGGCCCGCCAGCGCUGCUCUCGGCAUAUUUAAUCUGCUCCAGCGCCAGCUUGAUUUUGAUCUUGGCCCUCAGUUGGCCGAUGACGACACUGUGUGCAGGGCUGUUAUCCAAGUGCUCAGGUGCUCCACGGCCGCGGUUCCGUGGCCCGGUGUGUGAAAUGAGCCGAUAGUAACGCCCUCGACCCUGAAUACCUGGCCGUACGUGAUGGGUUGCUGCUGUUGCGGCAUCCUGAUCGGCGUGUGCUUGUGAAUGUCCAAGGCGAGGGGCGAAUACAUGUGAAUCAGGUCGGGAACGCUGCCAGCAUGGUAACCGUGCCAGUGGGUGAGCAGUACAUGGGAUGGCAAUAACUUAAUGGGUGUGACGGUGGAUGGGAUUAGAUCUGCCCUUAAGGGGAUGCCCUAGCCC